UACUUAUUUAUCAGGAAGCUGUACUUUGGAGUAUUCAGAAUACAUCUCCUACUGGGAUAUGACGAGAGAUGAAGAAGUAGAUAAAAAGGUGGCAAAUGGAACACGCGUAAAGUUGACUUGUGCACAAAGUUAUUAUGAAUAUUCAAUUGUGUAUACUGACAAGGAAACUGAUCACAGACACACACAAGUAGCUGAUAUUGACUGCGUUGAUGGUGAAUUUACAAAACAUAAUCUCACUUGUGAGACAGAGUCUAAAGAAGGCUCAACGUUAACGCCUAUAAAGUGUACACAUAUCGAUAACGGAAAUAUAACAAACCAAGGACUGUCCGUUAAAUGUCACGAAGGCUAUACGCUUUGGUUUGAGAACGAAAUGGAUGCAAGUUUAUAUACAGUAAAUUCGUGUAAGUGCAACCAAACCACCGGUAGAAUACAGUGCUCGGGGACGAAUGUGCAAUGUAAACCAAUUGGCUGCAAGAUCCCAACAUAUUUGGAGCAAGGAUUAACAUUAUAUGACCCAUUCCAAAGAACGCCAACAUCCGGUGCCAAUCGUUAUGAAAUAAAGCACAACGAAUUUUUAACAUUUACUUGUUCGCAUUCUGGCGACACUUUCUUCGAGCCUAACAAGAGGAUGUUCGUCUGCGAUAAAGGGUUAUGGAGUCUAAAGCAGCGCGAUAGUGAGAAACCUUGGGACUUGGGGAACAACGGCUCAUUCCCCAAGUGCCGACCAGUGAAUUGUCCCAUUGGUUUCUGCAAGUUUGGGGGUCGUUGCACGCGAGACCAGCAGUGCGAAUGUCCUAAAAACGAAUCGAAGGGAAACCAGUGUGAAAUACAUAAUAAUUACUGA